GGCAAGACUGGAGACUCAUCAUACUAACAGCCUACUCAGAAAAUCAGUCCUGUAGACUGCUCAUCAUUAAGUCCAGCAGGAUGAUGGAGCUGCAGCAGAGUCUGGGACUUCCAUAAAGAGGAUUUCACUUUUCUGAUCUGGGAAAUACAUCGCGGACACCAGUCCUCCAUGUACAGUAGCUGAACAAAAUGCUGACUCCUUGGUGAUGGUCAGAAAAUGAAUGCCUCCUCCUGCUGUGAUCCUCCAGUCAUCAUGUAUCAGCAGAGUUCAGGAUUUGACCUUAAUGCCAGCUGUGAGUGGCUGGCUCCCCACUGUAACUGGACAUCAGUGGACAGAGCGCCACAGCUGCCUACCUUUUCUACAGCCGCCAAAGUCAGAGUGAUUAUCACCUUCAUCCUGUGUGGCAUUUCCACUUUCUGCAAUUUGGCUGUGCUGUGGGCAGCCAAUGGCCACAAGCGCAAAUCCCAUGUCCGUGUGCUGAUAAUCAACUUGACUGCAGCCGAUCUCUUGGUUACCUUCAUCGUGAUGCCCGUGGAUGCAGUGUGGAACAUCACAGUGCAGUGGCUGGCCGGCGAUCUGGCCUGCAGAUUCCUGAUGUUCCUCAAGCUACAGGCCAUGUACUCCUGUGCAUUUGUCACAGUGGUGAUUAGUCUGGACAGACAGUCGGCUAUCCUCAACCCUCUGGCCAUCAGCAUGGCCCCAAAAAGGAGCAGGGUCAUGCUGAUGGUGGCGUGGACUAUGAGCACCUUGUUCUCAAUCCCUCAGAUGUUCAUUUUCCAUAAUGUGUCCAUCACUUAUCCAGCAAACUUUACUCAGUGCACCACUAGAGGGAGCUUUGUCACUCACUGGCAGGAAACCGCCUACAACAUGUUCACCUUCUCCUGCCUCUUCCUGCUGCCGCUGGUCAUAAUGAUUGUCUGCUACACCAGAAUCUUCAUCCAGAUCUCCAAACGGAUGACAAAAAAGAACCUGUCCUCUAAUGAGCUACAUCUCCGUUGCUCAAAGAACAACAUCCCCAAAGCAAGAAUGAGAACUCUGAAAAUGAGCAUCGUGAUCGUGAUCUGCUUCAUAGUCUGCUGGACUCCGUACUACCUGUUGGGUUUGUGGUACUGGUUCUUCCCAGAUGACCUGGAGGGGAAAGUCUCUCACUCCCUCACCCACAUCCUGUUCAUCUUUGGGCUUUUCAACGCGUGCCUCGACCCCAUCAUCUACGGCCUGUUCACCAUACGCUUCCGCAAGGGGCUGAGGCUCUGCUACCGUAAAGACACAGUGAAGUCGGACCUGGAAACUAAUACGGUGAUAACAGAGCCUUUGAAAUGUACUCCCACUGCUUUGCCCUCUAAAAGAGGGAUGACCGUUGUUGAAAAGGACACUGACUGUGGACAUACUGAGCCAAAAUCCUCUGACAGCAGUGGAGAACAAGAAGGACAAACUUGCCAUUCCAGCACUGAGAGCACAAUGUGAGAAAACCAGAGUAGAACCAGACACUUAAUACUUUUAAUUGAACUGGUUAAAAUAUUUACAUUUGUACAGUGCUAUCUGUACCCUGGACAUAUUUCACAAUCACACCUAGCAUGCAUGUGUAAAAUAAGUGUAAAAACAGAAACUAGCCAUCACCUAGAUGUGUCUUUGUGUGUGUGCGGCUUGAGGCAGUCCAUUUUAUAUAACAUCUUUUUGAACACAGUAAACAUGUUGGAGCGGGUGAUUUUUCAUGCGUUGUGUAACUGGGUUCCAUUUUUAGACAAGUCCGGCAUAUACAAUGUACAUUAACCAGGGUUUGGAAAAACCUUCAGGACUGAAUGAAAAAUAGAAGAUGGUGAUUGUCAGGUUACACAAAACCUGCCCGUGCUCUGUAUGACUUCACACUGCCUACAGGUCUAUUAAGAAGCCUCAAAGGACUGUUGAGGUUACUUUCCUUUCAUUCGUUUACAAUUACCACAAGAGGAGACGUUUUAGAGACGGAUUAUCCAGUACUUUCCUUCAGGAAAAAAAACAUGAACCACAUGUCCAUCAUGUCAGUCAAUCAUACCCUAGUAUCUAAACCAUGACAUUGUUGAUGUAAUGAAGAAAACUGUGAUAAAGAGAUUUUAAAAACAGGAUAAUGAAGAGAAUUCAGUUUAGUAGUCCACAAACUUUGAUCAGAAAACUAUCAAGGUCAUCGUACAGACACUACAGACAGAACAAAUCCACAGAUUAAAAUUAAUCCAUUCACUGGUUACAGUCCAACUAUUUAUUGUGUGCUGAUUCCUAUAUAAGUUACUCUAACAUGCUUCAGCUGUGGCAGAUAAGUUAAAUUAGUUUUUUUCACAGCAAACAUUUUGACUCAUUAGACUGACAGCAGGAAAACAUGAACAUAACAUUAAUGGGGGCUUAGUUCUAUACAAGUACAAUAAUAACAGCCUGAGGCAGCUUGUUAUUUAUUACUGUGCUUUUCAUACUGUCACAUUAAAAAUUUGAAAAAAACUUCAGAAUUAGCAAUGGUUUGGAAACGGGUUUGUUAAGGAACACCAGAGUUUGGUUUGUUUGUUGUGAUUUUGUCUUUACAGUAUGAAACAUUAAAGAAAUAACUGCCUGCAGUUAUAAAGUGGAGAUAACGCAGACGACUGUUUGUACUGUACUACUGCAUGCAUUUUACUGCAGAUAGGAAAUUCUUAAAGCCAGCACUUCAUAAUGAACUCUGGCUGGAUUAUGUAAACAAACUGAUUGCUGCUUAUUAUCCAGUUGAUUUUAAUUAACUCUAGGGGUUAAUUUCACCUGUAGGCUACACCAGGAAAAAGCUGAUAAAAGGUUGACAUACUGCUGUUGCAAUUCAUUUUAUUAUUGAUUAAUCUGGCCUAUAAAAUGUCAGGAAUUGGUAAAAAGAAAAUGCCCAUCACAAUUUCUGGUUUGGCUCGAUCAACAGUCCAAAAUCCAAAUAUAUUAAAUUUACUAUGUUAUCCUAAUAAACAAGGUAAUCCUCAGAUGUUUUUGUUUUUAUAAAAACAAUUAAUCAUUUAUCAAAAUACUUGAUAUGUUGAAUAAUAUUCUGUUGAUUGACUAUUCAAUUAAUCAAAUUAUCUGACUAUGUUACCAUUUGG